AGUGUCAACGGCAGGGAACGCUAGUAGCACUUUAAAAAUGGCGGCGGACGCGUCGUCGAAGUCUGCGCACAUGGACUUAAAAAACAAUUUAUUACUAAUGAAUCCAUCAUUAUUGUAUAUUAUUGUCGCCUUAGUCGUAGUUCUCAUCACAACAAUAAUAUUCUUCCAACGAAGAAAAAAUCUUCGGCGAGCAGUGCUGAUCGUGGGGCUGUCAGAUGCCGGCAAGACGCUGUUGUUUUCUCAGCUUGUAGCUCGCAAGAAGGUUGGAACGUACACAUCAAUCAAAGAGAACAAGGCGUCAUAUGAAGUCCCUAAGAAAGGUUCUCUCAACCUUAUUGAUCUGCCCGGGAAUGAUAGAAUGAGAUCCAGGUUUCUCGACCAAUUCAAGGGGCUAGCAAGGGCUGUUGUUUUUGUUGUGGACAGCGUUAACUUUCCACGGGAGGUCAGGGAUGUGGCAGAGUUCCUGUAUAAUCUCUUGUGUGACCCUGUCAUCUCGCAGCAUUGCCCACCCUUUAUGAUUGUAUGCAACAAGCAAGACGAGGCUAUGGCGAAGUCAUCCAAGGUGAUCCAGUCACAACUGGAGAAGGAAAUGAAUGUUCUUAGGACUACACAGAUUUCUGUGCUGGAGUCCACAGAGGGGCAGGCCAAUAACAACACAUUCCUAGGCAAGAGAGGGAAGGACUUCCAGUUUUCAGACGUUCGUCCGAUUGUAGUCGACUUCAUGGAGUUCAGCGCCGAGGCCUCAGAGGAUGCCCAGCUGUCAGCACUCAAAAGCUGGCUGGCCAAGGUGGCAUAGCCCCUGUUGGUGUGCAUGAUGAGAUAGUGGGCGAUGCCACUUGGCUGGACGCUCCUGGGAACCCUCAGCGAGAGCGCAAAGCACCCAGGCUUGGUGCUGCUUUGGCGCACCAGAAAGGACCCGAUUGGCUCCUGCGACAGCACUUCGAGAGCGAUCUCCCUGCGAAUGUGUCACAGCAUCAGCAAACUGUCCGGUGUUCUAUUUGUACAUUAAAUGUCUCCUUUGACACAACAAAA